AUGAGAGAGGUCAAUUUCAGCAUCCCCAACGUCAACAAGGCGUCUGUGGGAAUAACCACAGCUUUAUACGAUCGUCGAGCACUCGAUUGUACCUCUACAUUACCACUUAUCAAUUCCCUUAAUCAUCUUGCAUAUCUCACAACAUCUUCGGCACGUAUUCGCGAUAUUCUGACCGUUGAUGGAGGAAUAGAGCGUUUGGUCUGUAUCCUCAAAGAAGGGCGAAAUGGAGAUAUGAUGAGCAUAUGGAAGUGGAACCUCGCCUUCCAGUGUGUUGUUAAUAUCGGCGUCCGAGGGACAGAGAACGUGCGGACAAGGGUAGUGGAGGCAGACAUGGUCCCUGUCAUAGCCACGAUCCUUGAUAACUAUAUCAAAGUCAUAGACAGCUGUCGCGAAAAAUCUGAUGAAUUAAAACAAAAGCAGGCACAUGAUCACCGCAGGCACAAGAACCACGACCACCGGCAUUCAAAAGUUUCUCCAUCCUCUAACAUUUCCCGAUCAUCUCGAGAUGGAGACCCGAGGUAUGCCAUGCGACAAGAAUCGUCGUCCACCGAUGCUUCGGAGGCUCUCGCUGCUUUGCGCGAUGUAGAUCGUCUGACCUCCAUUAGCGCUCUUGGUGCUGUUGACUUGGUAACUCAGCCUACAUCUCCCACCACUCCAGUUCCUUUGCUUCAACUGCGGCCACCGACAGUACGAUCUGCAACGAAUCUAGACAUUACGGUCAGUAGGUCUCGAAGACGGCCAUCAAUCAGACAUCAAAACUCAACAGCUGAGUCUGAUGACUUUAAUGGGGACAGCAUGCCAUCUGAUGAAGCCCCAGAUACUGAAAUGACGGGAGCUGCAGAGAUACAAUCUACGGUGGGGAUUCAAGACAUCACGAUGGAUGAUAGCGAGGCCAUCCUAACAGGAGACACGCUGGAUCUAAAUAAUCCUACUGCAUCUGAAGCCCACCAAGACGCUGAGACCUUCAAUAUUGCUCACCGUACAAACCUUGAUGGGAGCAUCCGAGACAAUAUGACGCAUAACCCGGGUGCGCCUGUGGGCCUUUCUCCUAAUCGCCCGGCUCUAGGUGUAACGCCACAUCCUCCAACACCAAGCUCUACGAUCCCUCGUUAUCUACUCGACCGACAUCUUAUACCCAAUCCUCAGCUGUUAUCUGCAAUGCCCCGCGAAGAGGACGUGCUUAUGUCUCUGCAGCUCUUGGCGUAUGUGUCCAAGUAUUGUUGCUUGCGUACAUACUUUCAGAAGAGCCACCUUGUGCCGACUCUUGCAAUUGGGGACGAUCUCUUUGACCCAGAUACCGAAGAAGAAGGAGAAGAAGGAGCGCCUUCUACUAAAGACGAAAGCGAGAGUGACGACGAAUAUUUGCUUGAAGAUGACUUUAAUUUAUUCCCGUUAGUCGAAAAGUUUACUGUCAGGCACCAUAGCACGGAUAUGCAAUAUUGGGCUGGAGUCGUGAUGAGGAAUCUGUGUCGAAAAGAUGACACACGUGGAGGAAUUCGGCAAUGCGCAUACUAUCAAUGUGGCAAAUGGGAGGAAUUCACUCGGCAGUUUGCCAAAUGUCGUCGAUGUCGUCGAACAAAAUACUGCAGUAAAGACUGUCAGAAAAGCGCUUGGGCUUUUCAUCGCCAUUGGUGCGUAGCUGCAGCGCAAUGA